AUGGCAUGUUUGAAAGGCUAUCCUUCAGGUUUGGAACUUCUAGCAACAGUUAGCGAACUGUCGGUUCCGAAAAAGGUCACCAUUUCUGAGUUUGUGUCCAGGACAGGCGCUGAUCGUGAGUACAUCAUAGAGAAUGGAUAUGGAGAGAGCUUGUACAGCGCUUACGAAUUUUCGGAUUGGGGUAAUGCUAGUUGCUAUAGCGAGAGUAGGCCGUUCAAGAUGCGGGUUUUUGGAAAUAGAGAGGUUUACACCAGUACACAUGGGCAUAUAGGAGGAGUUAGUCAAAACUGCGGCAUGUGUCGUCCAAGUUUCUCUGUAACUGGUGUUACGGAUAACUGCUUUCUGAGUAUCUACGGCCCAUUAUGUGGUUGCACCUCAAAGUAUGACGACUUUCAGAUAAAAAACGAGUAUGGCGAGGUCGUAGGUCGUAUUUCAAAAGGCUUCCGCAGUAGUACUCGAGCAGCUAACUUCGGUAUAACAUUUCCUAUCCAAGCCGAUGUCUGGACCAAAGCUGUACUGCUAGGCGCAUGCUUUUUGAUCGGUUUCAACUACUACGAAGGGGAUGUGGAACCAUAUCAAGUAUAGUAAGCACCAAAAUGGUGCCUUAGUUGUAGGUAUACUUUCAAUAAAUGCUAAUAUCUCACAGAUA